GAUCAUGACCUGAGCCGAAGUCGGACGCUUAACCGACUGAGCCACCCAGGCGCCCCAGGAAAUGGAUUUAAAGACGACGACGGUUUCGGCCUUUCCUUGAUUGGGAGAAAUGACUGAAUUCUUUCUCAAACGGCAAAAGGAAUAUAUGUUUACUGCCAAAAUGUCUUAGAAAAUCGACCCCAACUAGCACAAAGAAACAACCACCCUCUUUCCCUGUGCCUCUGGUUACCUCCUCAGUUGUGGCCCUGGAUCUUUCCCUUCCCUUCUGUCCUCUCCUCAGGCCCUCUCGGACAUUAAUAACUUUGUAUCUUUGCAUACUUAUGUGAUCCUAUAAAUCUAAGCAAACACAGCUAGAGAAGAGCCUUUUUCCCCCCUGUAUGUACAAAAUGGGGUGCUUCUCUACAUAUUAAACCUUAAACUUAAGUUCCAUAUGGUGGACUUUGUUUGAACCCUAGGCACGGAGACAGCUGUGCGGAAGACCAAGCCCUGUUCUGCAGAGAACUUUCUUCCAGGUGAACGGCCUUCACUGGAUAAUCUUUUUAAAGAUAUUUGAGUUUGGGGGAGUCUAGCAGACCUUCAAGAACAAAAAUUACUCUUCAGGAAAAUAAAAACGUGUCCACAAUGUCCCUUAUACAGUCAGAAAUUGAUAGACUUGCAAGGAAGCAGGAAAAUAUCACUCAUAGGGAAAGAAUUCAGUUGAUAGAAACUGACCAGGAAAUGGCUCAGGUAUUAGAUUUAAAAUGCAAAGACAUGUCAGCAGUUGUGCUGAUGAAGUUUAAAGGCUUGAUGGAAAAUCUGGAUUUAAUGGUUGAAGAGAUAAGGGACUCUCUUAAAAAUGACCUAAAGGAAAUUUUAGGAGUAGAAAGUAAAAUACCUGAAGUGAAAAAUCCAAAGAACUCCAGUACCAAAAAGGAGUGCCAACAAAUAAAAGGUUUAGCCACACAAAAUAAAGGAUUGGUAGAAAACAUAGAAGGAGCAAACUCUAAAAUAGUUGAGGAUGUUGAAAAUUUGACUUUUAAAAGAAAAGAAAUAAAUGAGCCAAGUAGCAGAUUAGACAAAGCUGAAGAGUACAGUACUAACCAAGGUAAGGAAUUGUCCUAUGAUGAGUCACAAAAUUACAAAGUCAUGGAAAGUAUGGAAGAAGCCAUAAGCAAUAUAGAUAACACUUGGGGAGAUAGUAGGAUCCAUAUGGAAGUAACAGGAGAGAACAUAGAGAUUGGAGAGGGUGGAGUGGUCAAAGCAAAAAGAGAGGAAAAAAUUCCUCAGAAUUUAAACAAUAAUAAAGUGAAGAUUCUAAAAGCCUCCAGAGAAGAUGAAGGAGCAGUACUUAGGUUGGCAGCAGACUUUUCAUCGGCAACACUGGACAUCAGUAAGCAAUGGAGUAAUGUCUUCAACAUUCUGAGGGAAAAUGAUUUUGAACCUCAAGUUCUAUGUCAAGUUCAAUUAGCAUUUAAGUGUGAUGGUGAAGUAAGGACCUUUUCAGAUAUUCAAAGCCUCAGCAAUUUUACUAGCCAAAAACCAUUUAUGAAAGAAUUACUGAAGGAUAUACUCCCACAAAGUGAAAAAAUAAAGAAAGGAGGAAGAAGAUACGGGAUUCGAGAAAAAGUGGGAAAAACGCUACUAGAUUCAAAGCAUGGAGCUGGGGGGGAUGUUGGUGAUGGCUUGAGCUUUCUAUUUGUUAAAGAGGUUAAGGUUGCUGAGCCACAGGAGGUGAAGAACUUAGAGACCCAGGAGGAAGAAUCUUCAGAGUGGGAGACAGAAGAGGAGGAAGAGGCCUCAGAGCUGGAAGGGGAGGGAGGAGAGACCUCAGAGCUGGAUGAGGAAGAAGAGGCUUCAGGGAUGGAGGAGGAGGAGGAAGAAGAGACCUCAGAGCUGGAUGAGGAAGAAGAGGCUUCAGGGCUGCAGGAGGAAGAAGAAGAGGAGGCUUCAGUAUUAUGUGAGAAACAGGAUUCAACCUUUCAGUGUCAUUCUUUGGUAAAUACAAAAUGUGGAGUUGAGGAAAAAACCAGUAAUGGCUUGGAAAUUGUUUUAAUUAAAGAGGUAGAAGAUUCUGAGCCAGAGGAGGAAGAAGGUUCAGAGUGGGAAAUGGAAGUAGUCCUAUCAUGGGAGGAAGGAGAGGACUCUGAAGUAGAAAAUGUAAAGCCUGCCUCCCCAGUUGAGAGAAAAGAGGCCUCAUAUGGACCUAAAGAAAUUGCCUAUAAUUAUUUGGCUCCCAACUUUGAGAAGGAAAAACUAGCGAAACACCGGAUGUUACAAAAAACCCAGAAUAAAGAAGAAACAGCUACACCUAGAAACCAGGGAGUUGGGACAGUUUGUCCAACUUGGUGUUUUGUCUCUCCCUCAAAAUCACUGGAGAGAAGUUCUGAUGAGCAGAAAAGGCAUUUAUAUACAAAAUCAAGUACUCCAUCAGGAAUCUCCAGAUUUUCAAGGAAAACAGAGAAAGAGAGACAGAAAACUCCACAAACAGGUGAGCAAACAUCUAAAGAAACAGACUUAAUACAAGAGACAGAAGAAAACUUUAGAAGAAGUAUAACUAACAACUUCAGAGAGAUCCAGGAGGAGGUUGCAAAUAUUAAAAGUUACCUUCCAGAAGUCUUGGAAAUAAAAAACUCAAUAGAUGUUCUCAAUAGCAGAAUAGACCUACUUGAAGAGAGAAUGGACAAUCUAGAAGAUCAUAUUGAAGAAUUCUCUAAGGAUACAAUGCAAAUGGCCAAACAGAUAAUAAAUAGAGAAAGGUCAAGAGACAUAGAAGAUAGAUCCAGAAGCUCCAAUAUCCGCCUGAUAGGAAUUCCAGAAAAAGAUAAUAAAGAAAAUGGAGCAGAGGAAAUAAUGAAGGAACUCAUUGAAGAAAACUUUCCAGAGCUAAAGGAUUCAAGUCUUGAGAUUGUUAGUGCUUACCGAAUACCUAGUAAGAUUGAUGAGAAGAGACUCACUCCUAGACACAUCUUGGUGAAAUUUGGGAAUUCCAAUGAUAAAGAAAAGAUCAUAAAGGCUUCCAGAAAGAGAAGAGAGAUAACUUAUAGAGGAACAAGAAUCAGAUUGACAGCAGAUUUAUCAUUGGAUACUCUAGAUGCUAGAAGUAAAUGGAGCAAUAUCAUAAAAGUUCUGCAAGCAAAAGGCUUUACACCUAAAAUCCUAUACCCGGCCAAAUUGGCAUUCAGUUUUGAAGGUAAAACAAAGACAUUUUUUGAUACUGAAGAAUUCACAAAGUUUAUUUCUUGCAUACCCUCAUUGCAAGAAUUACUGGAGGAUCUACCUUAGCAUUCUAGGAUGACUAUAAAUACAUGUACACAAUAUAUAUUACCUUCCUCCCACAGCAAAAAUCAAUAAGGAAAGGUUGAAAAUAAAAUGCCACAUUUCUACCCAGGAGGAUGGACCUCAAACAGUGUAUUUGGGGAGUAGGGGAAGGGAAGGUUACUUUGUUGGCAUUGUUAAAGGGUGUUUUAAAAUGGUGUUAAUCAUUGUAGCUUGCAUAGGAGUAGACUUUUCUAAACUACCAGGGAGAGGGAUGGAAUCUGUCUGUAACCAGAUAGGAAGAGGUGGGGUAAAAGUAAUAGAAAAGCACUGGAAAAAAGAUGACAGGAGAAGUUAAAUAGAAAACAGAUGGAAAAGUUGAACUUUUAUCUUGAGAAGGAUAUUCAAUUUUAAUGUCAUGAUGUCAAUCUUGAAUCUUUAUAUUAAAUGUUUUUCCUUUGAUUAUG